UGCUGCCCCGCAAGAAGCCGCCGCAGUUCAUGGUGGAUCUCUUCAACAAGGUGGCCGACGCCAACGGCAUCACCCGGGCGCCGGGGCUGCUGCAGGGGGACGUGGUGCGCAGCUUCGAGGAGCGCGGGGGGCCGGGCGGCGGGGAGCCUGCCGGGCGGGCGGGCGCGGAGCGCUCUUCUCCAGGUCACCUGGGCCGCCACCACUUCUACUUCGACAUCAGCGCCAUGGAGAGGGGCGAGCAGAUGCUGAAAGCCGAGUUCAGGGUCUUCAAGCUCAAGAGGACACGGCGGUCCAGAAGGUCCGAGGUGCAACACUUCUGCAAAGUGGAAGUGUAUGAGCUCUUGGAGAGUGAAAAUAAGCCACAGAAAAAACAUCUCAUUGCAUCAAGAUUAUUGUCCCUCUACGGAGAAGGCUGGGAAGUCUUCAACGUCACACAGACAGUUUCCAAGUGGGUUGGAAACAGCAGCUCCAACCAUGGCUUUUGGAUAAGGACGACACAUGUUUCCAAGCAUGGAAUGGAACACGACGUGGUUACAUUUGCCAAGAGCCAGGGCGCUUUUCAGGAGAGUAGAAAUGCUCUCCUUAUCCUCUUCACGAACAGUAACAAACGGAGGUCUCACAGCUUUGUACCCUCUGCUGCCAAAUCAGAAGCAAGCCAUGUUUCUCAUGACCCCGCCGUGGAAAGCAGCAGUGGCAGCCUGAGCAGGAGACCCCGCGCUGCCAGCAGCCCCUUAGCCGCGUGCCACCGAAGGGAGCUCUAUGUAGACUUCCACGCUAUUGGCUGGUCGGGAUGGAUUAUUCACCCCAGUGGAUACAAUGCGUUUUAUUGCAGAGGAUCCUGCCUCUUCCCUUUGGGGGAAAGUCUAAAUGCAACAAACCAUGCUACAGUUCAGUCCAUUGUUUAUACGCUGAAACUGUCUCAAGAUGUCAGCAUGCCCUGCUGCGUGCCAGAUGAAUUGAAGUCCCUCAAUCUCCUCUACUUUGAUGACAAACAGAAUGUCGUCCUUAAAAAUUAUAAAGACAUGGUGGCAACAAGGUGUGGUUGUCAUUAGCAAGACAUUUUUUUUUCUGCAUUUGAUGUGCACCUGGAUUCAGUUCCCCAUUUGCCACUGAAGAUACCAAAGGAGAUGGCAUUUCAGUUCACAGGGCAGGAGAGAGGGAAACUGGUCUGAGCUUCAAAUCCUUCUCCUCUCACCAUGGCUAUGUGGAAAGGUGGCUGUCUUAUGGAGAGCUGCGGACUUUAGGAGUUCCAUGAAGAACUCUUUGAGUCCCUGCACACCAAGGAAACUAUUAAAAUCAGGAACUUGCUAUGUGAAGGAAUUGAAACACAUUAAGUUGACUGUUCAAAUUAAGGUCUUAUUCAGUAUACCAAGGCUCAGAAUUACCAGUGAUUUAACAGGCAUGGCAUCCUGCCUCAAUCCAGGAUGGGAUGCAGGUGUCUGAGUAGUCUUAAUCAGUUUUGUCUGCAUGAUCCAGUGGGGAUGUGCAAUCCUACUUGAGCUCUCAGGAUAAGUAUUUGCCCAGAGAUAAUUUUAGAGGUCUCUACAACUUGCAGAUUAUGCAUUACCAGGAAAUGGACUUCUUCCUCUGAACUUUAUGCAGUUCUACCAAGUGCAGAGACCUCCUCAUAAGUCCCUAUGGGACUUGCUAGCCAGUCUAAAGGAGCCCAUGGGUCAGUAUCUGUCUGGGAAUCAGCUUACUUGUCUUCUAACUCAGGGCUGCACCUCUGUGUGGUGAGGCCAGUGCCAGUCUCUGUGAGGGCUGUUUGGGUGUGUGGCACCAGAGCCUGCCCUUGUGUGUUUGCUGUGCUGUGGGAUCCUAAGCUUGGGUCAGAACCCUUGUGGUUUAGCAAAAAGAAAGAAACCCAUGAAGGUCCAUGAGGAUAUGCUAGAUACUGGCCUGGUCAGAUGUCGAUGAGGUGAGUGUGGUGGAAUGUACUUGCUGAUUCUCCUCCCUUCAAGGAAUAGGGGGACAUAGGGGGAC